CCGGUCGUUAGCAGGGGAGGACAGGAGAUCCCUAUACAAGCGAUAGAUAGAUUAGGUUGUUUUGUAUGUUCCUUUCUUGGUACCUAAAAACUGCCGUUAUAUUUUCGUCUAAACUGUGAGAAUUUGAAAAAGAAAGGAAUAAUUUUUCAAGGAUAUUUGUGUUUUUUGUCUCCAAGUAUUCAUUAAGCGAUAAUUCGGUCAUUACUGGAUGAAAUGUAGGAUACUAUUAACUGUAUACUUCUAUAUAUCUGUCUCGAGUAGUAUACGUUUUCGAAGUGAGAGGAAUACGGUUAUAUACUCUUACUCGUAACAGCCGGAUACGUUAACGAAAAGGGCGGUGAGUUACGUAAACUGUUGAAUCUCGAUUUGAUAAAGAAGUUAUACCGGAAGGUAACCAUGAAGCUUUCAGUUUUGCCUCGUCCAAUCCUGGACUGUAUCGAGAGCGGGGGUUUUGUCGCCGAACUGGUGUUCCUCCUGUAUAAAACCGCCGAAUCGCUUUCUGAGCCAACGGUAAAACUGUUUCUCUACCAAGAGACUUGUUUGGAUGAGUAUUCAAUUGAAAAUGAGAUAUGUUACCAUUUGAAGAAUCAUCCCGUCGAAGAGUCUCACGUACAGCAACUUGCUGCAAACUACAUCAUGUACUAUAAGAUCUUACUCAACCUGCCCGCAAUCAUUUUGGGUCUUUUUUGCGGAGCUUGGAGUGAUCGCGUCGGACGGAAACUUCCCAUGAUUCUGCCUUGCCUUGGGUCUAUUUUCGCCGUUCUCAUCUAUAUGUUGGGGAUGCUUCCCACCUGGAAGACACUGCCCUUUAUUUUCAUCGGCGCAACUGUCAACGGAAUGUUCGGCAAGAGCGCGGUCAUCGCCAUGGCUGUCCAUAGUUACGCCACCGACACCAGCACCAACGACCAACGAACAAGACGCCUGGGGAAGCUCCUCUCCAUGAACUUCUUCGGGUUGUUCUUUGGCUCGCUUCUUGCCGGCUGUCUACUGGACGUUCUCAGCUUUAACGCAAUUUUCUGCAUAGUCGUCGGCAUCAACGGAUUAGCUACACUGGUGAUUCUCAUAUUCCUGAAGGAAAGCGUCCCUGGAAUCGAGGACGAUCGAGAGAGGGACAAAAGUAAGGGAAGCGGAACAUUUCUUUUUAACCCGAAUAACAUUCGCGAGUCGCUGAUGGUUCUGUUUUGUCCUCGAGAAAACAACGGCCGUUGUCAUCUGAUGCUAUUGUUUCUGACUGUCAUCACCAACCAGAUUUGCAAGGCAGGAGAGGUCGACAUCACGAUGCUGUUUGUAGAGCGUGCCCCCCUUGGCUGGUCAAAGUCGCUCUACGGGUACCUCCUGGCAGUCGAUUUCGCGUGUCUCGGACUUAGCCUUUGGAUACUUCUACCACUUUUCUCAAACAUUCUCGGAAUAAAAGACGCUAACUUAGUCUUGAUUGGUCUUACAUUUAAAAUCAGCCGUUUGAUUUUUGUUGCCUUCAGUAACCAGACAUGGAUGGUAUUCGCCUCUGUUGUGGUUGGUUCAGUGAGCGGAAUGAUCGUAUCGGGGUGCAAGUCCCUCAUCAGUAAGACAGUCACGGAAGCUGAAGUAGGCAAGAGCUUUUCUCUUCUGUCAUGUGGAGAGACCGCUUCAAACCUUGUAGGUGCCAUAAUAUUCACGAACAUAUACAGUGCAACAUUUGAGAUAUUCCCUGGUUUUACUUUCAUAGUCGAGGCGUUCAUCUUCAUCGCACUUCUAGUCAUGUUCGUGUGGUUGGCGCGUGAUAUCAAGGCUUCAGAGAGGUACAGACUGUUGGAGUCCGUAUCAGGUCAAACAAGCUAUGGAACAGAGAUGAAUCCCAAUACCCAAGAACCUCAUGGAGAUUCCACGGACAUUCCAGAGUCAGUUCAGAAGGACAAUUUGACUGUCGAGAAGUUUGAGUUUCCGCCUGAUCUCGAACACGAUGAUCCUGUUGCUGAGAAGGGUAGGGCGACUAGGAUGUCCACACUCUCGGAGGAGGAGGACUCCAGUCUUAAACAAGAAUAAGGGCAGAUGAACUUUCGAAGGAUGUAUUUUACCAUGAAUCAAUUAUGACCAAGUCCCCCAACCGUGCGUGUUAAAGGUCAGUGGCUCUGCAGUACAUUUUCAGUCCUGCCAGUGGACAACGGUAUAUUGAGUUGCUCUGUAAUACACGUAUAUUUCUGUUGAAAAAGAACUCACUGAGAGUGGAUAUGUAAUUCGGUUCUAUAAGUGGAAAAACAACAAGUGGGUCCGUAGUAAUUUGGUUCUGUACGUGGAAAAACAACUAGUGGGUCUGUUGUAAUUUGGUUCUAUGACUUGAAAAACAACGAGUGGGUCCGUAGUAAUUUGGUUCUAGUAGAAAACACAACGACUGCAGGUCUGUAGUAAUUUGGUUCUAUUCGUGGAAAAACAACAGUACGUCCGUAGUAAUUUGGUUGUAUCAGUGGAAAACAACGAGUGGGUCCGUAGUAAUUUGGUUAAAAAUAUCGAGUGGCUCGUUGGUAGUACUUCAGUUGCUGCUGAAAAAAAAGUGUAAAAAAAUCGAGUGGGCUUGUAAUAAUUCGAUCAAUGAGGAUGGAAGAAACAUUUCACUAACUGUUUGGAUAUUUCUUAGUGCUUUCCGUCUUGAGAAGAAAUAAAAUGUAACUCGCUUCUCUCUCUGUGACAAUAUCCUGGUACCGUAAUGCUGGUGUUUUAUACCCCCAAGGUCAUAUGUUAAAGGGUGGUUGCUAGACUGAUUCAUUUAUGCUCUUUAUUUUGUCUUUUUGGUAUGACGCCAUGCAGGUGCAACAAAUAGAAUGCAGAAUUAGUUCAUAGAGCAGCCUGCAAGUCUCUGUACCGAUACUAGCUUGUAGGGAAAGAUAUAUUUUCAGAAAAUGCUUUGGCCAUUUUCUAAUGAAGAUUACUGAGAGGCUGAAAUACUGAUGCCCCAGUGUUAUUUACUGUGAUGUGAUUUUAUUGUUAUUUCUGAUU